CCGUUAUCGUCCUCCUCCUAACACGAUGGAAGGAACGACACCAAGUAUGCCAUCGACACCACCCCAAAGGACCAACACGCCCUCGACGAGCUGUGUGCACGACACACCGGUAUGCGGACGCGCUACUGACAGCGUGGUAUACCAAACCGGCACGCUCCGCGAACGUCGACAGCUAGUUGCAACAACACUCGGGGAUAUACGCGAGUAUUGUAACACCAAUUGGUGGGCACAGGUCUUGCCAAAAUGGCCCAAGGAUGCCCCCAAUGAUCUCGCGGAGUCUAUCUAUGCGAAACUGGUACAAAAGGGCGAAUAUGUGGAGGAGGAGCAAAGAUGGAAGUCGUUCCCUGUUGACCCGGCACGAGACCAACGGCCCGAGACAGCAGUACACAGGGACUGGAAGCUGGUGGUCGACCAGAUCGUCCAGGCGUUGCAUUGCGUAUAUCGGCCUCAGGUCGAUGCGUUGGAGUACUGGCAACAGCCGAGCCUGGCUCCUGAGAGUCAAGUGCAAAACCUCACUCGGCCGGAUUCGUAUAUGAUCCGACUAGCCAAGAUGCUAGCUAAGAUGGCGACGGCGGAGCCUGAUGUCCCCGACGAUGGGUCUAAAACCGGAGAAACGGAGGCGUCCUCACUCGGCGUCAUGAAGAAGCUUCAGAAUCCGAAGCACUCGUGGAAGGAUAUCUGCGAGGUAGGAGAGUUCAAGAAGGUGGAUUCCACAAGCCAGAACGGCGACACUGCUGUUGAACAAGUUAUAUGGAGUAUCCACCACAUGCUGCGGGAGGAUUCAGCCCGCAGGUUCGUGUACGGGUCGACUUUCAUCGGCAGGGAGUUCAGAUCCUUCCUGGGAUCACGGAUUGGGGUUUUUGCGUCUCAGGCAGUGGAUGUCCACCAUGAUCCGAAGAGCAUCAUACAGUAUUACGUGAGGAUGAUGUGCGCCGACGACAUCAGCCUCGGGUGGGACGCGAGCAUGACGCGGAAUGAAGAGGGGCAAAUUGUGUUCAGCUUGGAGACGGGGAACAAGGCCCCGCCGCUCGUCCUGACCGCAACCAGAGAGCUGUUCAGCCAGGCGGCUGAGAACAUUCGAGGCCGGGCCACGCGUGUCUUCGAGGUGACCCGAGACUCGGAGGGAAGUGUAUUCGCUCUCAAGAUCGGCUGGAUAGAAGAGGGCCGCCUCACGGAGGGCCAAAUUAUCAAGAAUAUGAAGGAAAGUUUAAGAAAAGUGGACCCGAACGAUCAGACGCUGGAGCAGCACGUACUGGACAUCGAGGCGGAGGGAGUUGUAACAUUCCCAGAUGUUGGAGAAGAUACGACACGACUACCUCUCGGGAACAUGGAUAUAAAUGGCGACAAGUGUGCGGUAAUGCACCUGCCCAUCACCGCAUCGAUGCAACAAAUAAUCUCGCUCAGCAGCCAUCCAGGCUCGAUUGGUGGGUUCGAAGAAAAAAUGACGGGCGUGCCCUUGCGGUCAGUAAGCAAGGUGCAUCGGGAACACAGGUGGACUCUAUACAAGGCGGUGCUGAAGCCAAUCUGGCAAUUGGACGACCUGCGGGAUAUGUGUUGCGGGUUGACAGACGUCGGUAGAGCACUUUCGGCCGUUGCGAAGGCGGGGUACGUACACAGGGAUCCUAGCGCGGGGAAUGGAUACUGGGACGAGAGGAAGAAGCGAGGGUACUUGAGCGAUUUUGAGUAUGCUGUACCCUGGGAAGGGGAACGGGCGGGGCACGGCGUGCGAACGGGAACGCCUAUGUUUAUGCCGCUCGAAGUGGCCAAGGGUGCAUGGGAGUUCCCCACACCAAUUCGAGUCUCUGCCAUAUCACGGGGGGCAGCGCAGGUGCCUGAGUUUCUCGCGACGCCGCUGCAUGAUCUGGAGUCAUGGGCUUGGGUUUGGUUGUGGGCAGUAGUGCGGUUCCAGCCUGUCGGAGCAGCCGGACCGACGGAAUGCCAGAGAAUCUUGAGUAGUUUCCUGUUUAACGGCAAUCCAGCAAACAGCAGCCGAGGCACGUACAUCAGGUGGAGGGCUUGCAUGGCGGGGAAGAAGCUGUGGUCGCUCCAGGAUGAAGGUGGCAGUCCCCUGGCAUUCUCUGUCGUGGCCGACCUUGCGAAUACUCUGUUCAAAGUGGUACACGCCGAACAUCACGAGUACCAGAAGUUGUGGACACCGGACGUCUUUGCUGAGGCAUGGGAAAGUGCAUUGAACUUGUGUAUCGAAACGACGCUCCCCGGGAACAUCCCAAUCAAGCCCUGGUCGGACAAUCCCAUGCUCGGCGGGCUGGUGCAUCGUACAGAUCGAGCAGGGUCUCAACACAAACGGAAUGCUUCUCAGAGUGUCAGCCGCGAAACAGCGAAGAGAAGCAAGGGAGAGUAGGAUGAUUCUGCCUAUGCUGAGUUUUGUAGUGUCUAUAUGGAUGCUGCUAAUCGCUACAUAA